AUGUUCCGGCAAUCAGCCGCCAGACGAGCAACUCUGCUCUUGCGCAGCAGCAGCGCCAAACCCAGCAGCACCAACACCAUCACGAACCACAUUGCCACAGCCCAGCGCCGCUUCGCAAGCACCGAAGGCAACACCUUCGUUCCUAACCCACCUUCACAGAAACGCCGCAGCUGGCGAAACCGCCUAGUCCGUCUCGGUCUGGCCGGAGGCGCCAUCUACUUCUAUAACACCUCAACCGUCUUCGCCGAAGAACCCACUCUCUCCCUGAGGCCGCAGCCAUUGGAUUCUGAAGAUGCGCCGACUUUAAACACAAUUGGGCAGAAAGUUGGUCUCAAAGCUCGCGAUGAGCCCGCGCCGCAUUCGACCGAUGCACAGGUCGUGGAUCCCCGUCAACAGCAGCAGGAGGGUGGCCUGGAGGGGUUAGAGGAAGAAGCUAAACACGAAGGCGCAUUUAACCCCGAGACUGGAGAGAUUAACUGGGAUUGUCCAUGUCUAGGUGGUAUGGCAUAUGGACCAUGCGGUGAAGAGUUCCGGGAGGCGUUUAGCUGCUUCGUCUACUCCCAUGAGGAGCCCAAGGGCAUGGAUUGUAUUGAGAAAUUCAAGGGAAUGCAAGACUGCUUCCGCCUGCACCCCGAAGUCUACGGCUCCGAACUCCAAGAAGACGAAGUCGACGAACAACUCACCGAACAAAUCGCCCAACGAGACCGCGAAGAACAAGCCAUCAAGGCCCAGAAAGAGCAACAACAGGCCGGUCAACAAGAAGAAAUCAAGAUCGCAGACCCCGCAGUUUCAAGCCUAAACGAAGUUGAGAAACAUGUCGAGACCGAAGAGCUGCGCAGAGCGAAUGAAGCGGCCAAAGUCGCGAAUCAGCAGGAAGAGGAACUUGUGCCGAGGGCGUGGCAUGAGAGUGAUGGGGAGACGAAGACGGAGAAAUAA